AUGUUAAUGCUAAAUCAAAGCGCCAUUAAACGAGUGCCUACGUGCUGUAUCAAGAUACCCAUAAAUAAAAUUCUAGAAACAGAAUAUGCGUCCAUGCCAGAGGUUUUUCAUCUCGACGACUACGACAGGUGCAUGCUACAUGGUCCAGACGCUCUGUACUGUUCAAUUUCUUUCCAACUUUACCCCAAAACUGCAGAAAAUACAUCAGACGCCUGGAAAGUUAUAGAGAAAGUAUCAAACGCUCAAAGCUACUACAGGCACGACCUGUUACGACACGGUAUCUGCGUUAGCCAAAGAUGCCCAAACAUUCCAAAAUUAGAACUUUUAAACAAUAAUGUGCAUUAUAUUAAGGAGCUAAGCGAUUGUUACAGUACUAAAUUUGAGAGAUUAAGUAUUGAAGGACGAAUUCGAACAAUAUAUUGUCAGACUCGCGACAGUUUAUACCCUGUAGACUUUUAUGAUUACAUAGUUGGCAUAAUUUUGUUAACAAUUAUUGCACUUGUGAUAACAGCAUCACUCUACGAUGCUUACCACAGCCCCAAUUUUAGCAACGAAAAGUUUAGAACAAGAAAAUUUGGUAUAUUUCUUUCUUCAUUUUCCAUUAUUCGAAAUUGGAAAAAACUAACAACCAUCAAUUUGAACAAUCCGGAUGCUAAAGCCCUUAGUUCCUUACAAGGUAUACGGUUCUACAACGUGGUUGGGGUUAUCAUAGCACACACUUUUACCAUAAACAUGGCGGUACCAAUUUUAAAUCCUCGAUACAUGGAAUCUCUCAGAGACCGCAAAAUUGAUCAAUUCUGGGGAUUAGGUAGCAGAUAUGUGACAAUGCAAACAUUUUUCUUGAUGUCAAUUUGGUUAUUGACUUACAAGUUUUACAAAGAUAAUGAGGGAACCAAAGAAGUGCCGUUUAGAUAUAUCAUUCAAAAAAUCACCAGCAGAUAUCUCAGACUAACACCACUAAUGGCCACUACGAUUCUUUUCGCAGCUACAUGGAUGCCUCAUAUUUCUAAAGGUCCUCUAUGGAAUUCGAUCAUCGGGACUGAAUAUAAUCUGUGCCGAUCAAAUUUAUGGAACAAUUUCUUGUUCAUCAGCAAUAUUUUCCCUUUUCACGAAAUGUGUGCGAAUCAUCUUUGGCAUAUAGCCAUGGACAUGCAGUUUUGUGUACUGGCGCUGAUUAUUCUGUUGUUUUUGUGGAAACACCCAAAGAGAAGACCAGUGAUUUUAUUAGGCCUUUGGGUGUUUCAUGUUGUUGACACUUUCUUCAAAACUCUCAAGAUAGAAUUUAAGGAAGUUGAUCCAGAGUCCAGUUACAACACAACUUUGGUUAAUAUGGAAGAUAAUCUUAACCUCAUUAAAGCUACCGCGACAAACAUACCAGCGAUUAUUGCUGGGGUAAUAUAUGGUAUAAUAAAGAAAGCUUGUGAAUGGCCUCCAGUAUACAUUUUAGGUCGACUAACUUAUGGUGCUUACCUUAUACAUCCAUUUAUUCAGCGUCUGAAAGCUGGAAUUCUUAGAACACCGAAUUUUUUAAACGACUAUUUACUUAUAUUCGAAUGCUUGGGUUACGUCACUUGGUCUUUUCUUCUGUCCAUCCCAUUAACGUUAUUUUUUGAAAUGCCGUUUGAAGAGAUCAAAAACAAUACGUACAAUGCAAUGAAGAAAAUACAAAAAAAUCGUCAAAGAAACGAUUAA